AUCCUUUGGCCAGCCUUUCGACCAAUGGAGACUGUUCAAUCAAACCCUUUACUUCUUCUCCUCCACCGAACAAACAUGGAAUAAAGCUCAGAAUCUCUGCACCGUAAUGAACGCUACUCUUGUGGUCAUUGACAGUGACGGGGAACAGGAGUAUAUUCGACGGUAUAGAAAUUGUGACUAUUGGAUUGGACUCCAUUGUACGACUGAAGGGACGUGGCGUUGGGUGGAUGGCAGUGAUUAUACCGCGAAUGUCAAGUUCUGGGCGAGCGGUCAACAGAAUGGUACGGAUGGAGAUUGUGCUGUGGUGUCCGAGGAUGGGUCGUGGCAAUAUCGGCCGUGCAGUUCCGAACAUCUCCCUAUCUGUGAACAACCAGGGACGUGAAAACGUCCGCUCAGGUUCCAGAUGGGGCGGAGUG